ACCUUCCCCCACAUCACGGAUCAGAAUGUCAUAAUUAAGACCCUCUUCUUCUUCUUCCUAUAACUAACCCCUUUCGAUCGAUCUCCGCGCUUUUCAACGAUUUCUUCAUCAAAUUUUUGGACAAUUCCCCCCAAUUUACUCACCCAAUGAUGCAAUUGAUCCAUACUUUUUUCCCGUUUCCCUCUUUUGAUUGUUCUUCCCAUUUUGUUGAUUGCUUUACAAUUUAAAAUGGGGUUUGAUUUGAUUUGAUUUAUUUGUUGCACCGUCGGCGGCAAUGUCUACUUCUCCGGCGAAGUUUCUCUUCCGAUUUUUGUUCGUUUCCAUCAUUUUGUGGGUUAUUUUUAUAUUCGUGGCGAGGUUGUUAGCUUGGGCCUUGAGUCGUGUUGUGGGGGCAUCUGUAAGAUUUCGAGUGGGUGGAUGGAAAUGUUUAAGGGAUGUGGUGGUGAAAUUUAAAAAGGGUCCUGUUGAAUCGGUGUCCAUUGGUGAAAUCAGACUCAGCUUGCGUCAGUCCUUGGUGAAACUCGGGGUUGGUUUUCUGUCAAGGGAUCCAAAGCUGCAAGUUUUGAUAUGUGACUUAGAAGUCGUGACGAGGAAAACUAAGUCAAACAAAGGGACAACUAAGGGUACACAAAAGACUAAGACCCGUAAACCCCGUUCUGCUGGCAGGGGAAAAUGGAUGGUUAUAGCUAACAUUGCCAGAUUUCUCUCAGUCUCUGUGACGGAUUUGGCUUUAAAGACACCCAAGGCAACCUUGGAAGUUAAGGAUCUGAGAGUGGAUAUAUCUAAAAAGGGCAACGCUAAGCCAAGUCUCUUCAUUAAAUUGCUCCUUUCACCUAUUAUUGCUCAAGUGGGAGAACCACGGUUUAGUAAUGAUGAAAUAUCAAGUCAUGUUGAUGAGGGGUAUAUGGUUGCGAGUCAGGCAUCCAUUCCAUUGGCGGAGCAGCCUUUUUCUUCCUUUAACUGCGAAGAGCUGUCUCUGUCUUGUGAAUUUGGUCACAGCAGAGAAUUUGGUAUUGUUGUGAAGGAUGUGGAUGUAUCAUGUGGAGAAAUCUUAAUGAAUCUUAACGAGGAGCUGCUUCAGAAACAUAAAACUUCUGCUGCCACUUCUGAUACAGCUACUGAGUCAACCAAUGAUAACAGGCUUGUGAAGAGCCCACCCGAGAAAGAAGCACAUUCGUCAAUUACCAAAUUCUCAACUUUAUUUCCUGAAAAGGCAUCCUUCAGUCUGCCUAAAUUGGGUGUGAGAUUUGAACAUCAAGGACAAGGUCUUUCGCUGGAGAAUCAUAUUAAAGGCAUUCAAUUAAAAAGCGUCAAAUCAAGGUCUGUUGAAGAUGGUGGGGAGAGUACACGCCUCGAUAUUCAGUUGGAUUUCAGUGAAAUUCAUCUUUUGAGAGAUAGUGGUACUUCUAUAUUGGAAAUACUGCGGGUCAAUGUUGGUUCUUCUGUGUAUAUUCCCCUACAGCCAGUUUCAGCUGUCAGGGCUGAGAUUGACGUGAAGCUCGGGGGUACUCAGUGCAACAUGAUAUUGAGUCGAUUGGAACCGUGGAUCCGCCUGCACUUUGCCAAGAAGAAAAAGAUGGUGCUUAAAGAAGAAGCUAUAUCAGUUGAUAAACCAAAGUCAAAAGAAUCCAAGGGUAUCAUGUGGACUUGUACAGUUUCUGCUCCCGAGAUGACCAUCAUCCUCUAUAAUAUGAGUGGUUUGCCUCUGUACCAUGGUUGCUCGCAGUCUUCACAUGUUUUUGCAAAUAAUAUUUCUAGCAAGGGAACUGCAGUACAUGCCGAACUUGGUGAAUUAAAUUUGCAUUUGGCUGAUGAGUAUCAAGAGUGUUUGAAGGAAUGUCUUUUUGAUGUCGAAACUAACUCAGGAUGUUUAGUACAUGUGGCAAAAGUCAGUCUAGACUGGGGCAAACAAGAUAUUGAUAAACUUCCAGAAGGCGGUUCUAAGUUUAUAUCAGCUCUUACUGUUGAUGUGACUGGUAUGGGUAUUUAUUUCACCAUGAGACGCGUGGAGUCACUUAUAGUAACUUCUCUGUCCUUGUUAGCUCUUUUCAAAAAAUUGUCUGGUGCUGGAAAGAAAAAUCAAGUCCGGGGUAAACAUUCAUCAAAAUCAUCAGGAAAAGGGACCCGCUUUUUGAAACUUACUCUUGAACGAUGUUCUGUAAAUUUUUGUACUGAUGUUGGCUUGGAAAAUACGAUUGUAGAAGACCCAAAACGUGCAAAUUAUGGAUCGCAAGGAGGCCGGUUUGUGGUCACUGUUUCAGAUGAUGGUACCAAGAGAACUGCAAAUAUUUUUUCCACGGCUUCAGAGAAAUGCAAGAAGUUAAAGUAUUCUGUAUCGCUUGAGAUAUUACAUCUAAGUGUGUGUUUGAACAAGGACAAACAGUCUGCACAAAUGGAACUUGAAAGAGCUAGAUCAAUCUACCAGGAACACCCAGAUGAUAAUAUACUCGGGUCAAAAGUACUAUUGCUUGAUAUGCAAAAUGCGAAAUUUGUACGUCGUACUGCGGGUCUUAAGGAGAUAGCCAUUUGCUCUCUGUUCAGUGCUACUGACAUUGCAGUUCGAUGGGAGCCAGAUGUGCACAUAUCACUUUUUGAGCUUAUGUUAUACUUGCAAUUACUAGUACAUAACCAAAAACUUAAAGAAGCCGCUGAUGAUCACUCUGAAGGCCCCCCUGUUAUGACCCAAUCUGAACAAGCAAAGGAAGUUCUUGCAGAAUCUGGGCAUGCAGACAAACAGCAUAAGAAAAAGGAAUCUGUCUUUGCUGUUGAUGUUGAAAUGCUCAGUAUAUCAGCGGAGGCUGGAGAUGGUGUUGAAGCAAUGGUAAAAGUCCAGUCAAUUUUUUCUGAGAAUGCUCGCAUUGGAGUGCUCCUUGAGGGGCUAAUGCUCAGUUUUAACAAUUGUAGAAUCUUCAGAAGUAGUCGGAUGCAAAUCUCUCGCAUUCCUAAGACUUCAAACGGCCCUGAUGCAACCUUAGUCACCACUUGGGACUGGGUAAUUCAAGGCCUUGAUGUACACAUUUGUUUGCCAUACAGGUUGGAAUUACGUGCUAUUGAUGAUUCUGUUGAGGAUCAGUUGCGGGCAUUGAAACUUAUAAUGGCUGCUAAAAAGAAACACAUUUUUCCGUUCAAGAAAGAGAGCUCUAAAGCUAAAAAAUCUGGUUCUUCAAAAUUUGGAAGUGUCAAGUUUUGCAUACGUAAGUUGACAGCUGAUAUUGAAGAGGAGCCAAUGCAGGGCUGGCUUGAUGAGCAUUACCAGCUUCUGAAGAAUGAGGCCUGUGAAUUAGCUGUUCGAUUAAAAUUUCUAGAAGAUCUUAUCUCCGAUGGUGAGCAUUGCACUUCUGCUGCUGAUUCUAGUGAUCCCACCUUAGUAAAAAGGUUAAACUACAACGGGGCUGAUAUUGAUUUGCAAGAUUCUUGUGCCAUACGCAAGUUAGAGGAAGAUAUCUAUAAGCAGUCAUUCCAGUCAUAUUACAAGGCAUGCCAGAGACUUGUGCCCUCUGAGGGCUCUGGAGCCUGCAGGGAAGGCUUCCAGGCAGGUUUCAGGCCCAGCAGGUCUAGAUCUUCUAUUCUCUCCAUUACUGCCACAGACUUGGAUCUUACCUUGUUAAAAAUCGAUGGUGGUGAAGCUGGAAUGAUAGAAGUUGUCAAGAGACUUGAUCCUGUUGCAAAAGAGCAGGAUAUACCGUUUUCGAGACUGUAUGGAAGCAAUAUGAUCUUAAGGACUGGUACACUUAUUGUUCAGAUAAGAAAUUAUACAUUUCCCAUUUUUGCUGCAACUUCCGGCAAAUGUGAAGGUUGUUUGGUGCUAGCGCAGCAGGCAACUCCGUUUCAGCCUCAGAUGCGCCAAGAUGUGUACGUUGGAAAGUGGAGAAAAGUGGACUUACUUCGUUCAGCAAGUGGGACGACACCACCAAUGAAAACAUAUCUAGAUCUUCCCCUUCACUUCCAGAAUGGGGAUGUUUCAUUUGGAGUAGGUCAUGAGCCUGUCUUUACUGAUAUAAGCUAUGCCUUUACAGUGGCUCUUCGCAGGGCUAAUUUGAGCAUUAGGAAUCCUAAUCCUUCUCCUGCACCACCAAAAAAAGAAAAAAGCUUGCCUUGGUGGGAUGAAGUGAGAAACUAUAUGCAUGGACAAGUGUCUCUAUUUUUUUCUGAAACCCGUUGGAUUGCCCUUGCAACUACUGACCCUUAUGAAAAGUAUGACAAGCUCGAAAUUCUCACGGGUUACAUGGAGAUCCAUCAGUCGGAUGGUCGUAUUUGUACUUCUGCUAAGGACUUCAAGAUUUUGACCAGCAGCCUGGAGAAUUUGGUGAAAAGUCGUGGCUUAAAACUUCCAGCUGGUGUAUCUGUUCCUGUUAUUGAAACCCCAACUUUCUCUUUGGAAGUUACUAUGGAUUGGGAGUGUGAUUCUGGAACUCCACUUAAUCAUUAUCUUUUUGCACUCCCCAAUGAAGGGAAACUUCGCGAUAAAGUUUUUGAUCCCUUUAGAUCCACCUCUCUUUCUCUGCGGUGGAAUUUCUCUUUGAGACCACAUCCUUCUGAGAAACCAUCACAAUCAUCUAGUGUUGGGGACAGUCUAACCCCAGGCAGUUCUACCAGUGCCUCAAUCUAUGUGGCGGAAGGUGGUUAUCCGAUCAUAAAACUCGGUGCUCAUGAUUUGGCAUGGAUUGUUAAGUUCUGGAAUUUGAAUUAUAUUCCUCCGUAUAAACUGCGUACCUUUUCUAGGUGGCCUCGAUAUGGUGUGCCAAGAAUUCCAAGGUCUGGAAAUCUGUCACUAGACAGGGUAAUGACAGAGUUUAUGCUCCGAGUUGAUGCAACUCCGACUUGUAUAAAGCACAUGCCAUUAGAUGGUGAUGAUCCUGCCAAGGGACUCACUUUUAAGAUGUCAAAGUUAAAAUUUGAAAUGUGUAAUAGUCGGGGGAAACAAAAGUAUACUUUUGAAAGUAAGCGUGAGCCUCUUGAUCUUGUUUAUCAAGGGUUGGAUUUGCAUGUCCCUAAGGUAUAUUUGGAUCGAGAAGAUUGUACUAGUGUUUCCAAAGUAGUUCAGAUGACCAGAAAAAACUCACAAUCUGCUUCUAUGGAUAAAGGAGUCAAUGAAAAAAGCAACAACACGGGUGCUUGUAUGGAAAGGCCUCGUGAUGAUGGUUUUCUUUUAUCAUCUGAUUAUUUUACAAUAAGAAAACAAUCUCCAAAGGCAGAUCCCGUGAGUUUGCUGGCUUGGCAAGAAGGUGGAAGGAAAGAUCUUGAGAUGACAUAUGUGAGGUCCGAGUUUGAAAAUAGCAGUGACAGUGAUGAGCAUGCAGAGUUUGAUGAUGAUGGUUUUAAUGUGGUAAUAGCUGAUAAUUGUCAGAGGGUCUUUAUCUAUGGCCUUAAGCUUCUUUGGAAUAUUGAGAAUCGGGAUGCUGUUUGGUCCUGGGUUGGUGGACUGUCUAAAGCAUUUGCCCCGUCUAAGUCUUCUCCGUCUCGACAAUAUACUCAGAGAAAACUACUUGAAGAGAAGCAAAGACUUGCUGAGAUGGAUAAGCCACAAGAUAACGCCUUGAAUCCCUCUUCUACUGGUGGUGGAGGAAAUUCCUCCUCCCCAAAGCAGGAAAAUUCAGCAUCACUUUCUUCUCCAUCUCAUUCUGCUAAAACAGAGCGUGUUUCCGCUACAUCUAUUGGAAACAGUAUAAAUAUAACUGACUCAAAAGAGGGGGGUACCAUUGAUUUUAUGAUCAAUGUUGUUGAGCCACAGUUUAAUCUUCAUUCAGAAGAAGCCAAUGGUAGAUUUCUGCUUGCUGCUAAAGCUGGCCGUGUCAUAGCACGUUCAUUCCAUGAAGUUGAUACUGAGAUUAUUGAACAAGCACUUGGUUCAGAAAGCAUACCAAUGUCCGAGUCUGGACCUGAAAUGACAAGGAAACGUACGGAGUUGUCUGCACUGUUGGAUCAUGUACAGGCUCAUGUUGCCCCAACUGAUGUUGAUCCUGGAGCAGGGCUGCAGUGGCUUCCAAAAAUCCGUGGAAGGUCUCCUGAAGUCAAACGUACUGGUGCUUUACUGGAAAGAGUAUUUAUGCCCUGUAACAUGUAUUUCCGUUAUACUAGGCAAAAAGGUGGAAAGGUGAAGCCUCUUAAAGAACUGAGUUUCAAUUCACAAAGCAUUAAAGCAACUAUGACUUCUCGGCAGUUCCAAGUCAUGUUAGAUGUGCUGACCAACCUUCUCUUCGCAAGACCUCCCAAGCCCAGGAAGAGUAGUCUAACGUUUCCUUCUGAAGAUGACGAUGAUGUUGAAGAAGAGGCAGAUGAAGUGGUCCCAGAUGGCGUUGAAGAAGUAGAGCUUGCUAGAAUCAAGCUUGAACAUAAAGAGCGUGACCAAAAGAUGCUUCUUGAUGACAUAGUGAAAUUAUCACUUGGUAAUGAUACUUCUGGAAAACUUGUUCCAGAAAAAGAAGGCGAGUUGUGGAUGAUAUCUGGUGGAAAAUCCACUUUGGUUCAAAGGCUGAAGAACGAGCUUGGGAAUGUGCGCAAGUUAAGAAAAGAUGCAUCAGCAUCAUUAAGGGUUGCCUUGCAAAAAGCAGCUGAGUUAAGAUUGAUGGAAAAGGAGAAGAAUAAAAGUCCCUCUUAUGCCAUGGGCAUCUUUGUGGAAAUUAAGGAAGUAGUUUGGAGCAUGUUAGUUGAUGGUAAAGUAUUUGCUGAAGCGGGGAUAAACGAAAUGAAAUAUGACUUUUACAGGGACUACAAAGAUGUUGGCGUGGCUAGAUUUACAACAAAGUAUUUAGUUGUAAAAAACUGCUUGCCUAAUGCAAAGUCUGAUAUGCUUUUAUCAGCUUGGAAUCCUCCUCCCGAGUGGGGAAAAAAAGUUAUGCUUCGAGUAGAUGCUAAGCAAGGGUCUCCCAAGGAUGGAAACUCUACACUUCAACUUUUUCAGGUAGAGAUUUAUCCCCUAAAAAUACAUUUGACAGAGACAAUGUACAGAAUGAUGUGGGAGUAUCUUUUCCCAGAAGAAGAGCAAGAUUCACAGCGGCGGCAGGAAGUUUGGAAGGUUUCGACUACUGCUGGUUUAAAACGAGUGAAAAAGGGUUCCUCUGCACAGGAAGGUUCUGUAUCUUCUGUGUCUAAGGAGUCUGAAAGUUCCUCUAGGAUAAGUGCCUCUGGAGUACCCUCAACAUCUGGAAGCACUCAUACUGACACCUCCCUGACAUCAAAACAGAACAAAUCAGAGCUGAGGAGAACCUCUUCUUUCGACAAAACGUGGGAAGAAAACAUUGCAGAAUCUGUUGCUGAUGAGCUCAUAUUACAACUUCAUUCUUCAAGCACAUCUAACUCCAAAAGUGGUUCUCUAGCUGUAAGCGAGCAACAAGAUGACUCUUCUAAAGGUAAAGCAAAAGACCCAAAACAAAUUAAACAGGGUCGUGCAUCUCAUGAAGAAAAGAAGGUAGGGAAGUCUGGUAAUGAUGAUAAAAGAUCCAGGCCCCGAAAAUUGAUGGAAUUUCACAAUAUAAAGAUAAGUCAGGUUGAGCUACUGGUCACUUAUGAGGGGUCAAGAUUUGCUGUGAGUGAUUUAAGAUUACUCAUGGAUCAAUUUCACCGUGUUGAAUUCACUGGAACUUGGAGGAGACUCUUUUCAAGAGUAAAGAAACAUAUCAUUUGGGGAGUUUUGAAGUCAGUGACUGGAAUGCAGGGAAAAAAGUUCAAAGACAAGGCACAAAGCCACAGGGAAAUUGCUGGACCUAGCAUCCCUGAUGAUCUUAACCUCAGUGACAGUGAUGGUGGUCAGACAGGUAAAUCUGACCAGUAUCCAGUGGCCUUUCCGAAGCUUCCUGCAGAUGGAGCAGGUGAUGGUUUUGUUACCUCUAUAAAGGGCUUAUUUAAUACUCAGCGUCGGAAAGCAACAAAAUUUGUGCUACGCACCAUGAGGGGCGAUGCAGAUAACGAAUAUAAUGGAGAAUGGAGUGAAAGUGAUACAGAGUUCUCGCCUUUUGCAAGGCAACUAACAAUAACAAAAGCUAAGAAGCUGAUUAGGCGACAUACUAAGAAGUUCCGCUCAAGAAAAGGUUCUAUUCAACAAAAAGAUUCACUUCCUUCUUCUCCUAUGGAGACCGCAAUAUAUGAAAGUGAUUCUUCAAGUGAAACCUCGCCUUAUGAAGAUUUCCGCGACUAUGAAGAGUAACUGCAUUUAGGUUUGGUAUAAACCUGAAGAAAGAGGCAGAUUGAGGAAAAUUCAUUCAAGCCUGAUUACACAACUUCACCUGAUGCCCACCAUUUUAUUAUUAUUAGUAUUAUGUGGCACAAUUACCAACGCAUUCAGAUUCGCACAUCCGACUAGGGUCUUGUUUGCCGAGCCCUCAAAUCUACUUUUCAACAUUCUGCGUUCAGCAGUUUCGAAGCCACGAGCGGCACCAUAAUUUUGUAGGUACAAUUUUGAAGUCACCUGUUGUUCUCCUGUAAAUUUUUACAAACAACUGGUAGACUACACUCAUCACAUUGAGGGAAAGAGUAGUGAGAAAUUGUAUAGAAAGAAAAUUUGGCACCACUUUUUCCCUCAGAUUUUAUACUUGGUAUUUCUAGUUUAGCUUUUACUGCUAUGUAAAGUAAAUUAUUGAUGAGAAAGAUGAUGUAGCUCCCAUUCAGAUGGUGAAUGUUACAGUCUCGUCUCUCUUCCUCUUUGGAGAGGUUGGUUGUGGACUUAUGGCAUUUAGUUACAGAUGGUAAAUGUUACAAUCUCGUCCUUCUUCCUUGUUGAA